CCGAGUGCACGGAGAUUAAAUUCGACGUGAUCAAGUAAAAAAUCUUCGUAUUAACUUCUUCGAACUCAAAACACAUAGGAUAUAAGUCUCAUCGAAGCAAUUCGGCGACUCUAACAAAAGAUCUAACAAUUGUCAAAUACUGCAACUACUUGUUUUGUGCCUGAAAUGUUGUUGUUUCAGGGAAGAAUGAAGCGUCGUCUGCUGGCCACCCAGCAGCCUUGACCUUUCACAUGGAUUUGGUGGCCUGUUAAAUGUCACAAGAUUAGACCGAGGGAGUACAGGGGGCUAGCGAAAGAGAGAGUUUGGUGCGACUUGGAACGAAGAGUGAACGAAAGUAAUAUAGCUGGUUAAAAAAUUUUGUACCAAGAGCAUCAAGGACGUAUUCGUGUUUGAGAGCGUUAAGAAGAAGACCAUGGAUGAAGAGCGUAGACCACUUCUUGGCGUUGUUGAUGAAAAAGAGGAUGAAUCCUCAGUUAAAGGCUCCACUGCUUCUGAUGGAGACCCACCACCCAAAUCAACUCAAAGAAGGAAAUCAAAGGCAGACGCCAACAAAGUUACAUCAGAUGAUAGCAGUGUUGUAAGAAGGCCAAUUCAGUACUAUUCCAUAAAUGCAGACGGCCCUGGAUCAACAGUGCGCCCGGCCCACCCAUCCCACCAUGAUCAUGACACUGUGGCUGUGGUCUCUAGGUACAAGUACUUCAACAAACUGGCACCUCAUGGAGACAGCAGUUUGCACAUGCCUGACCACGUGGUACCCACGGUAUUUUUGACGCGGAUACUGGUACCUGUUCAAGGGGAGCAGAGCAGCCUGAUAACUAUAUUUGCAUUAUGGAAUACAAUGAUGGGAACAUCUCUGUUGAGCAUGCCCUGGGCUAUAAGACAGGCUGGGUUUGCUACAGGGCUGGUGCUGAUCGUGGCAAUGGCUGGUCUCAUGUUGUACACAAGUUACAGGGUCAUGACCUCUAUAGAAGGAAUAGGUGGAGAUGAAGAGAUUUUGGAGUUCUCAGACGUUUGUCGUCAUUAUUUGGGUCGCUGGGCAGAGGUGUGCAGUGUCAUAUUUUCAUUGGUCACAUUGUUGGGAGGGAUGAUUGUAUAUUGGAUACUCAUGUCUAACUUCCUCUACAAUGAUGUCAAAUUUGUGUACAGUAAGGUUGAAGAAACCAAUUCUUCCAGUGCUCUGACGCCGAAAAACUAUUCCAAAUUUAGUGAUGCUUAUUGUCCACAUCCUCCUUCCACAUGGGCUGUGAAUAUCACACCAUCAGAACCUACCGAUGAUAACCUGUUGGUGUCAUCAGAACUCCAUGGACAAUCUAAUUCUACACAAAUCUUCUACCAGGUCUGGGAUGCUCAGAAGACAGUACCCUUUUUCCUUAUCGUCGUCCUUGCUCCACUUCUCAACUUUAAGUCACCAACUUUUUUCACCAAGUUUAACAUGUUAGGUACCAUUUCUGUGGCAUAUCUGGUCUCCUUUAUUACUGUGAAAGCUGUGAACUGGGGGUUUCAUCUAGACUUCCAGUCAGAGAACCAGCCUCUGUAUGUUCCACAAUUUCAGAAGACCUUCCCAGCUCUGACAGGGGUGUCUGCUCUUGCCUAUUUUAUACAGAACUGUGUUCUCUCACUGACAAAGAAUCAGAGAAAUCCACAGAACAAUACCAGAGAUCUGACACUAGCAUACAUGCUGGUUUGUUUGACCUACUUUUAUGUGGGCAUGAUGAUGUAUGCAUCCUUUCCAUUGGCAAAAGGAUGUAUCGAAGCUAAUAUGUUGGACAACUUUCAGAGUAGUGAUAUCAUGGCUUUCGUAGCUCGUAUCUGUCUGUUUGUACAGAUGACUGCUGUCUUCCCUCUACUGGUCUAUGUGUUCAGAGUACAGAUCAUGCAUACUCUGUUUGGAUCUGUUUGGCCAAGCCAUGUGGUGGUUUUGAACAUUCUGCUGAUGGGAAUCUGUGUGGUUUUUGCCAGAUUUCUGCCUAACAUUGGCACCAUAAUCAGUUUUGUUGGAGCAUUUUGCGGGUUUGCAUAUGCCAUAGCACCCUGUUCUGUGUAUAUGCUGUCCCUACGUGCAAAAGGGCAGCUCGGUCUGAUGACAGUCAUUAUUCAUACAGCACUCAUCAUAUUUGGACUGUCAAAUUUUGUAGCACAAUUCCUGAUUCUUGAAAGACAUGACAUGACUGAUUUCUAGCCUGCUACUGAAGAUGUAUAUAGUUUACUUAACAUGACCUUCUGCGUGUACAUCUUGCGAAUCACUGCAAAUCAAACAACUGGUGAGAAGCUUUGAAAGGGAUUGCUUCUCGGCACCAAAGAUUUUCACCAUUUGAAAGAAAGACAACAAGUAAUAUAACCUUUGUAAUUUA